ACACACAAACAUGCACACAGAGAGCAGUCACAGAGGAGACAGCAGGUAGGUUUGAUGUUUGUCUUUAACUUUACUUCUGUUAUAAAACAGAAAAAACGGGAUGUGAUAAGAAGCUUAAAACCCAAAACUGAUUCGUCUUUCCUCACCUGAUGCUCUAACAAAGACAAUCUGACUGUUUAAAAUGUCAAACCAGGACUUUUAAAUCUGACCUUGUCACCGCUUGGUCGUGAUAGUCGUUUUAAAUCUAAUUUAAUCUGUGCCUGACUCAGCUGCUACGGUAUGUCUGAAUGAGGACUGUUUAAACUAUAACCUUUUGACUCAUAAUGUAACUGGAAAUUUCGUGCAGUUUUGAUUUUGAUUUAGAAUGCAAGCUGUAUUUAACACACUAAUGAUCACGGAUGAGAUGCACAGCUGUAACUGGUGCUAAUACUGGCAAGAAAAUCAAAAUUCUCCCUGUAAAGGCUGAGCAUCCAGCUGAGAAGCCGACAUUAACAGGGUCUGCUGCGGUUGGCCAACAAACCGUGACCAAACACCUCAUCCAAGAUUUUGCAGACAAAACUCUGUGUCCUCAUUUCACCAGAGGUCAGAGACUCUUGCUGGGUUUGUUUUGCUGUUACACCACUUGGUUGAGACCAUGUAGGCUCAGGUAGUCGGCAGCUAUGAGCUUUACUGAACUUGCAUAUAAUGUGAAAAGAAAGCACACAAAGUUAAGACUAAUUAGCUAAUAGAGUUUAUGAUAUCAAAACAAGUCAGUUUAAUCUACAAAGAUGUCUUGUUUGCUUUUAACCUGUGGAGUAUUUCCAUCCAGCCUGUCUCGCUGAAUUUUCCUUCCCAGGAUAAUAUCAUGAAGGACCUGUCUCUCUCUGUGCUGAGUCGGGGUUGUGGUCGAUUUCUUUCAUCCAAAAGAAAUUCAAGCAGAUAUGAUGGAUGUCUGGAAGUGUGCUUCACACCGCAGGUAGUAAAACACUUACAAAGACUUACAUUGGUGUAGCAUAUCUACAGUUUUUAGCUCAAUACAUUUCUCCGUCUUACAGUAAUUUAUCAACCAAUUUCAAACAUUAGGAUUACUUCAUCUGGAAGUCACAUGACUCUGUCCUGCAUCUGUCCAAAAGUGGCCAUCUCCUCAUGGAGACAGAGUCAACUCUUCCAAAGACAUACAGCACCCGUAGGGGGCCACUUCUGCUGUACUCUCAGGUACCUGUGUGUGCGAGAGAAAAUAAGAUUAUGUCUACUACGCAAACACUAAAACAAGAUGGAAAAAUGAAAAAAAUCUUGUUCCUAAAACUGUCUAUUCAGCCGCUGUGACCUUGGACAAAGAAUGAACGGGUUAAAGGUCUUCAACUUUUUCUGCCUCCAGAGCUGGAUCACGGUUGAGGCCACUCAUGAGUCCGACUCAACGGACAGGAGGAAGCAGGCUGUUCGGGGUUACACACAGGAAGUGGAACACCAGCUGAGCACCCUGAAGGAGCUAACGGCAGCCAUUUUGAAUUACACCAACAACCAGGUGGGUCAAUCUGAAGCUCAUGUUGUCUCUGUUUUGGGAGAAACCAGUUCUUAAACUGUGCACAGGACAGGUAAGGAGCCAAAGUGGCUGCUGCUGUCAUGAAAGGUUUCCAUCCAUGGACUCACUGGCAGGAGUUCAUGUAUAUUUAUGCAUGAGUCUGUUCUUUACUGUUUUGGUCCAUUUGGUGAAUUCAUUCAAGUAAACAUAACACUGAGGUGAGGUGAAGGUCACAGAGUUAGCUGUUUUUCAAAUAAAUACUAAACUAUGAUAUACCUAAGAAAUGAUAAAGGACAAACCACAUUCCAGAUUUUCUUUUUGACAAAGCUUUCGGCCUUUUGGAGUCUAUUAUUUUGGAGUUUUUAAGAAGUUAAACUAAAAACCAGCUUUUAUUUUGGUAUUUAAGCCUUGGACUGCGUUGUAACAUUUUUUUUAAUAUAUGUAUAGGUUGGUUGUUGUUUAGCUUGAUUUGAUUUUGGUUUGGAUUGAUUGGGUCUGGUUUUGUUUGUUUGAUGGUUGGUUAUUUGGUUUGGGUUUAAGUGGUUGGUUGGUGGUUUGUUUGUAAUUUUUAAUGAUUUUUUUUAGUUAAUAUUUUAACAUAUUUUAUCAUUUUACUUUAUUGAUUCCACUGAAUGUUUUAAUAUUCUUGCAUUGCUAUUUUACUCUUUUACUAUUUUAGCUUCCACAGUUUUUGUCUGUCUGCCACUUCUUUUGUUUAGCUGCAUGUUUGUAUGUUUGCAAACUGCUAUAAUUUCAAGACCUAAGCUGAGUUUUUACUUUUCAUUAGCUGCAGGUUGGUUCUUUGGAAAAAAAAUUCAGAGUUGUCAUUUUGAGUUUAUGUUCUUUCCUCUUGUGGCAAAAUGUUGAUUCAUGCAAAGAUUCUGUUUUCUCUCUUCUAGUUCAUCUUCUCCAGACUUGGUCCACCCUUCUUCCCCAGUCUUCAUUUCCCUUUUUCUCCAGACCUUCAGCGCACCAACACUUUACCUGUUUUCACCUCACCAGAGCAGCCAAGUCUAGAUUUGUGUGAACAGUUUGGUUGCCAGCAGGACUACAGCUUAGAUUCUGCAGACAGAAAAACUGCACAUCCAGAGAAUCAACGUAGAGGUAAAAAGACUCACAAAAGUAGAGAUUUGAAACACAAACUUUUUUGGAAUCCAUGAAAUUAAAAGUAACAGGAUAGAAGAUUUAGGAGUCUCGGAUAAAUUGAGUUAAGAGAACUUAAAUCGUGUUCUGUGAUAAAACAAGAAAAUUGAACAAAUCUAACCACAAAACAACCCAAUAUGCUGCCUGAUUAGUCAAGGAGAUUUCUACUUAAAAGGGGAAACUUGUGAAACUUCUCUGGCUGAAAAAGAAGUGAAGCCAUAUAGUGAAAAAUGCCAAGUUGACUAAUUCAAGCUUAUCAAAACUUAUCGAGUUAUCUAAUGUCUCUCUGCAGAUGAAGACGAGGAGCACAAGAGCGGGAAAAGACUCCGCUUGGAUCUGUUCCUCCAGAUCCCCAACCCUGAUAGGACUCCAUCGCCACCGAGUGAGCCUCAGCCUUGGGUACAUUAUGUGGCAAUGACCCCCGAAGAACCAGAGGAGCCUCAGGUGACCAGAACCUCUCUAAGGCCUGUGACUGUUCCUGGAAACAUGCAGCAUGUUAACAGUUUUCAAUUUUGUUUGCAGGGUCCCAUAGACAUUGUUUCAUAUCAUCCUGAAAGUUCACAGAACACAGAAACAAACCACCAAGAGACGGGAGAGAAAGUCCAUCAUCUAAACCGUGUCUGUGAUGUGACAGAUGGUCAGGGCAGUGUGAAAACAUCUGCAGAUAACAGCGACUCUGACAGAUCAAUCAGUAGGAAGCAACAUGGGAGGAAAGGUGUGUGUUAAGAGUUUUCUGUCUUGGUAGAUUAAAACAAGCUCUUGUCUUUUGUGCAUCUACCAUCAAAAAUACUAUUUCUUACCUUUUUAGUGGGAACACAUGGUACCAAGCAGUUAAGUCCCAAGCCUGAGCAUAAUACUACAUCAGGUAGCUAUCAACCUUAGAAUAUGAUUAUGACCAGAAAUAGAAAUAGAUGUAGUGGCUGAAAAGUUAUAAAACAUUGACCUUGUACAAGUCCUUUGCAGUACAUCAUGAUAAAUAUAAAAGCUCUGAUUGCCUCUUCUACACACAGGUCUCCUUCCUCAUCUAACAGAGGGACAAUCAGUCUGUUCCUGGGAGAAAACUGACAAGGUAUGACACUCUGGCUUUUGUAGCAGCAACUUGACUCCAACAGGACUGGCUGGAGAUCUAAGUUAAGUUAUGUUAAGUUUAGCUUUAGUUGAGUUGAGUUGAGUUGAGUUAUGUUAAGUUAAGUUAGGUUAAGUUAUGUUACUUGAAGUUACGAUACGUUGUGUUAAGUUACGUUACGUUGCAUUAAGUUACAUUAAGUUACGUUAAGUUACGCUACGCUAAGUUACGCCAAGUUACGCCAAGUUACAUUAUGUUAUGUUAUGUUAAAUUAAUUUAAGAUACGUUAAGUUACGUUAUGUUACAUAAAGUUACGGCACAUUACGUUACAUUAAGUUACAUUACAUUAAGUUACGCCACGUUAAGUUACGUUGAGUUACGUUAAGUUGAGUUAUGUUAAGUUGAGUUACGCUAAGUUGUGUUAAGUUACGCUACGUUAAGUUACGCUACGUUAAGUUACAUUAAGUUACGUUAAGUUAAUUUAUGUUAAGUUAAAUUAUGUUAAGAUAAGUUACAUUUCGUUACAUUAAGUUACGCUUUGUUAAGGUAAGUCAAUCUUAUCAGUCGAAACCGGUCUACAUCAGAACCAGGAACCUUCUUGCAGUGAGGAAACAGCUCUAACCCCCGUUUCACCCUGCAGCAACCUCUAUCUGUUUGUUUAUUCAUUAGAUGCAGCAGAGAUGGGAGGACUCCAGUAAUGAUGAGCACUAUGCACAACACCUUCCUUCAAUAGCAGAGAGUCGAACUGGAUCCCCAAACUGGAUGACCCCGGUCCAGACCCAGCAGGAUGCUCAUCAGACAAAGUCGGACAGAGCUGGAUUUCAGCCUCAAGAAAAUCUGAAAAGAGUCCAUAAGCAGCCUUUGGUUCUUCCUCAGCUGUUCCCAGGUAACAAAAAGACACCCUCAAACUCACACAAAGAUUGAGUGUCAGAGUAAAUACGAAUCUCCAUUUAUCCUGUGAGCACAUGUUUUUCAGAAAGACUGAGUGGGAAGAAAAGAGGAGCAGCUGGAGGUGAAAUAGCACAAAGACAUUAUUUUAAAAAAGUCGAGCAGGUGGGAGAAGGUGGAGGAGAAGGAGGGCUGCUCUCUGACAAAGGUUGUGUGAUAAUGCUGGAUCCUGGAGAAGGUACAGCACUGAUAUUAACAACAACUGAUAAUAGUUAUAUUUAGGUAUCAUUUGAUAACUGUCAUUUUUGCAUCAUUUUAUUCUACCCUAUUUCUGCUCCCACUCAGAUCAACAAAAUGCAUUUUUUCCACAAAUGUUUUGGCAAAGAUUUAUGUGAUCAUUACGCUCUUGUCUCUUCCCUGUUCCAUCCCCUUAGAUACUUCUCUUCCUCCUGCAGGAGUGUUGGGUUGUGUUGCGGGUAGAAAAGGCCCAGGUAAGCAGAGCUCUUUGGCCUUCUUGAAGAACCCGCACCUCAACCUCCAGGAGUUACAUGAGCCCACCUGUGAGGACAAAGGGGUCAUCAGGGGCAUCCUGCCUCUGGAGCUGAGAGGUAUGAUGGGGCCAAUCGACCACAACAUAGGUCCAUGUUUGUGUGGGCAAAUUUAAGGUAGCCACAGUGCAUGUUUGAUGCAAGAUGAGGUGAGGAUUCUUGAUUUAUUAUUUCUUUUUCAAAGUUAAAUUUUGUUCAUAAAGUCUUUUUGGAAGGAAAAAAGUUUACUUAACCAUUCAAAUACAAAAAAACAUUUUCUUGCAGUCAUUAUAAUACAGUAUGCUAUGUCUGUAAGGGACCAAGCAACCAGGCAAAGGACAAAGGUGUGGACAAAGAUCUUGAUUCUUUGAUUUUACUCAAAAAAAACAAAAAACAACAACAACAACAACAAAAAAUCAACAAAAUCUGGGAUUUAAAUAGACAAAGGACUAGUCUAACAUAAACACAAUGGGGAAACUAAGGUGACUACAAACUAAAAAUCUAACAAACUCAGAAAAACACCAUCAAAUUAUCCAUACCAACUUUUUACAAAAAAAUAAAAAAUAGAUAAAUAAAUAAAUACACUAUUCUGACUGAAGGAAUAAAGACAAAAGUUUUCCAAAGAAUCAAAAGUCCAAGCUUCUCCUUGCUUCCCCCUUGAUGGUCUGUCCCACUUCCUGUGGGUAAGGCUUAAGAGGCCAUCUUGGAGCUGCAGACAGACUUUUGUCAGGUGAGCUCGAACAAAGACAAACAGAAAAGUAAGUAUUACUUUGAAAUGACAUAAACUCAAAUUAAAUCAUGAUGUAGAAAAUUAAACCAUGUGACAGUUUGGUAACUAACAUGUGUGCACCCAAAUUAGAAAACAACUGCCACAAAUGCAAUAAAAGUGAAAUUAUUUUUUAGGGUGAUUUUCUUUAGCCAGUCAUGUCAGCCUUUAGGGUGGUGGAGCUGUGUCACUCAAAUAUCUUGGAUACUUUGGUGCUAGAUUUCUGGAGCCAUGGGCCUCCGACAACCAUCAUAAAACAAGGACCUUGUACCCAUGUUUAACAUCACUCAGGCUCCCAAAAAAAUUGUGCUUUGUUAUUACCCUACAUGGACUCUCCUUCAGGUCAACAAGAUGCAAGUACAAUGUUUGGAAACAUGGAUGAAUAUACUGUAUAAACCUGAACAGUCUCAGACUAGUCUUUGUUACACUUGUGGCAUGAUGAAGCUGUAACCCAGAUCUGCAACCAGUAAAGCUUGUCAAAAUGAUCAUUCGUGUGGACCUUCCAUAAAAUGUGAACAUGGACUAGGCAUCCUUACAUUAGUUCAACAAAAAAAGUUAAAACCUAAAGACACGAAGUUGUGGUUGAGGCCACCACACUGUUAUACAAAAGAAACAGGCCAUAAUACUAAACAUACGUAUGUCAUCUGGACAAACAAAAAUUCUGUUGUCAGAUUUGCAGACUGACAAACCUGUCGGCUGCCUGAUUGUGGGUCCAGAUGGGGAGAUCCUGAAACUGUCUCUGUACGAGAACAGUCAGGAGGCACCUGAGAAUGAUGAAGGCAGCACAUGCGAGCAAGGUAUGAGCCUUCAUAUAAAAACAGAAAACUCUCCUUUUAGGUUCCAGUGAGUAGAAUUUAACAGCAUUUGUUGGAAAUCAAAUAUGACAUUCAUAUAAAUGUUUCUUCGUGGUUUCUUUUUUGCAUUAUGCAGUUAGAACAUGUAUUUGCAGUUGCAUUUCAGUCUAGAAUCUAACUGCUACAUCUCUAAAUAUAUACCUUCCUACACAGUGUACCUUUAAAAGAAAUCUAAAACCUGCGCUUUAUUUAAAAAUAAUGACUUAUAGUUUUCAACUGGAGUUUUUAAUUAAUGCAUCAACAGCUAAUUUUCAUCUGUCUCUCAGCUUUCCAGGUUUUGUCUCAGGAAGGGGAGAAGUUACCCUGGCUCAUUAUGCUGCAGCCUGAGCAAACACAUGCAGGUCAGUGAACUUGUUACAGACUGCGUACUCCUGAGAUCAGUGUUGAGUUGCAGAGAUGACUGAAGAGAAUCAUAUUUCGUACAAACCAGUUUUCACUCUUUGACCAAAUAGUUUUGUGUUUUUACUGCUUACUGUGUCCACUGAAACUGUUUAUGUUUGCAGAGAGAAUGGAGCCAAAUACAGAUGUUCAUGUGGAGGAAAUUCAGCUCCAACAGGUGAUUCAAUGUUCCAAGAUUGAUUUGGGUCCUAGUUUCCAAGCCUGAUGUUCUCACUUGUCUAAAUUGAGUAAUAACUUAAAGUCAGUUUGAGUAGAUAACUUGGUGCAAACAUAUAGAAAACCUUUCAUGUAUAAAUAUCUUGAUUUAUGUUUUCAAUUCAUUUGUCAAUCCAGCUUUUAGAUCUUCACGGAUCGGCUGAAAUACACUCCCCCAGCAGCCGCACAGACCCGGGUAAAACUCUGCAGCUCAUAUGAUUUUAAUCUGACUUUAAAUGAAUUUCACAAAUCAUUUUUUUUCUCUGUGGCAGGCACUAUGAAACAAAUGAAGAGUGCAGGUGCAGAGGCGGUGAACAGGCUGAAGCAGGUGAAAAAAGACACUAAAAACAAAGUCAGGAUGCCGUCACUGAGGGAGAAGGAGGGAGUGGAGGAACAAAGCGAGGGACAUACUGAGACAGACACAAAUGGAGAAGAAAUUCUGGGCAGAACGGGACAGAUCAGCAGUUUUACUGGGUUAGUUUUUUACAUUUGAGUUGUACAGUGUUACUACUUGCUGCUCAUAAUUUAGGACCUGUGUUCUUAUUUGACUCCUUACUAGUCUUACCAAGAUGAAAUGAAAAGGAUUGAUGCGAUCAUCUUAAAAGUUUUUUGUUGGUGUUGUUGCACAAGACAUUAGUUUAAGUUCUUUAGAUUUGGAAUAUUUAUUCUAUGAAAAGCUACAGAGGAAAACAAUAUAUCUUGCAGGCAAAAGAACAAUAAUCAACAUGAAGCAACGGGAGAGGAGGCUUUUGACCAAAAGAGGAGAAACAUGAAGACAAAGGACACUGAAGAAGCUGCAAGAACAACAGGGUGAGUAGGGGAAUCUUGCAAACCUGAAAAUAUUACAGGCAUCCCAGUCAGUGAGUAGUUUGAUUGAUAACCAUGUUUUGCAUUUAUUUAGAAAAAAGGACUUGAAAAGAGGGAGUAGUGCUGGAUCAGAUGGACAGAAAACAGGAAAGGAAAGAGGAUCGCAAAAAGAAAAGUCGGGGAGUGAAAAAGGAUCACAAAAAGAAAAGACGGGGAGUGAUGCUCAGUCAAUCAGGAGCAACAAGCAAGAGGAGAAGAAGAAAGUAGAAGCUGCAGAGACUCCGGAUCAAUCUGCUCUGGUUACUGAUGUGAGUUUCAUUAAAGUGACUGUUUUACCUCUUAUAUAAAUACCAUCACAUGAAGGUGCUUAUAGCUCUUGGGUUCUACCAGUUCAACACUGACAAUGAGGACAAACCUCUAAACCAUUGAUUACAAACCAACAUAUUUGUGUAAUGAAUCUGCACAAUGAUGCAAAUGCUUAAAACACACAUAAAAAAUAUGUAUUUGCAUCGAUAAAUCUUUGCAUGAAUUAGGAUAGCACUCAGGUAUACCAUUGUUUUGUGUCUUUUAGGCAAAAAAGAAGAGAGGAGACAAGGAAGGAAGGAGAGGAGAAAUGACAAAGAACCCCAAGAAAGGAGAACAAGGAGAAGUGAGGAGGAAGAAGAAGGACCCAACUCUGAAACACAAAGAGUUAGUUUUUGGUGAGUAUAGAGAUGUUAACGCAUGUGCACUAGGGACGGGAGAUAAAUUAUCGUUCAUGAUAUAUCGUCAGAAAAAUCCUCCAUGAGAAAUGUUUGCCAUCUCAUGAUAAAUACAAUAAAUGCAAGUUGAUGAUGUGAUCGACGGACUCGCAGCCAUUCUUGUCUUUUCUUGUAGUCAAUCAAGAGGACCUUCUAGAAAAAGAGGAAACCAAGAUCAACCAGGAUUCAAAGACAGCGUCUCACUCAGAAUCCAUCAAAAGUCCCCCUGCAACAGAAAAACCCAACAAACCAACCAAAGACACAGACCCUGCAGACACAGACCAUCUAUCCACCCACACAGACAAACACAGCAGCAGCGUCCAAUCAUUGAGCUCGCUCAGGUCCACUGCUGCUGCAUCCAGGUCCAACUUGAGGAGCUCUAGGAGGUCUGUCGCCUCCUCUGGUGAGGGGGCGGGGCCAGCCGGCACCAUGGGUCUCACUUCAUCACACGGUCGCCUGUCCUCAUGCUCCACUGUGAUGGUGACGGAGGAACAGCUGAUGCUAAACCCUGUAAAGCCCGAGGUCAGUACGGAGAUAAAAACACACACACACAAAAAAAAGUUUUAUUUUUUGUGCACAUUUGGACUCUUUGUGUGUGUGUUUUUGUGUGUUUUAGUUCUCCAGGCCCAGAAAGAGUCAGAAAGAAGAGGAAGAGGAGGCUGCAGCUCUACGUUUGGCCCAGCGAGCAGAGAGGCGGAGGCAGGAGGUAGAGAGGAAGAGGAGGGAGAAGGAGGAAGAAGAGAGGAGGCAGCAGGAGAGGGAGCAGACAGAGGACAGGAUGAAAAAUGAGCUGGAGGAGGACAGGAGGAGGAGAGCAGAGGAGCUCAGGUCUUCAUGUUUGUAAUACUACCAAGAAUAACUUUCGCAGAGAGUUCAGGUCCGCCUUUAAAAACAGCUUUAAAAAUCUAGUUUGAUUAAAAAAAGGUGAUGUCAAGAUAUCAUUCAAUUCUUUGUUAUAGAAACUUUGGUUGGAAUAUCAUAUUUAAACACAAAUAUUUAUUUACAGAGUUGAGAUUACACUUUUUAUAUUGUAAUGUGCUAAUUGCAACAAGUAAGUGUUUGAAACCUAAUUUGCAGAAAAAUAAAAAUACAGAACAUUCUCCUUUUACUGUUAGAAAACGUAAACAAUAAACACAGACAAAAUACAGUCAAAAUACAGUACACUCUACUUUUUUAGAUUGAAGAGGAUGGCGGAAGAGGAGAAGAAGAAGAAGCAGGAGGAAGAAGAGAAGGAGCGAGCAAGACGGGAGCAGGAGCAAAGAGAACGAGAGAGGAGGAGGCAGGAGGAGAAAAACAAGCAGAUGGAGAGACUCCGGAGGAUGAGAGAGGAGGAAGAACGAAGGAGGAAAGGUAAUUAAUGCAAUAAUAAUAAUAAUAACAACAAUAAUGAUAACAAUAAUGAGAAGGUGAUGAUGGAUCAAGAUAGGUGUUUUUAGCUCAUGUCAUGUAUCUGGUAGUUAUUCAUGAUUUUUUUUUUUUUUGUGCUUUCUGCAGCUGAGCUCGAGCGUUUACGGCUGGAAGAGGAGAGGAGGAAAGAGGAGGAGAACAAAAAGCUUCAACAGAUGGAUGAGAAUGAGAGAAUGGAGUACCUUCAGAGGAAAGAGCAGGAGGAGGAGGAUAGGAGGAAAAAUGAAGAAGAACGUCGGAUUAGAGAAGAAGAGGCUGCUCAACGAGCUGCAGAGGAGGCCAGGCUGCAGGCAGAGCAGCUCAACAGGUGUAUAUUCAUCUCUGUUUUCUCUGUGUGAGAGGAAAAGUCAAAAUGUUCCCCUAUAAUUUUUAUUUAUAUCGCUUUUGUGUGUUUUGUCUUUCUUGCAGGCAGAUGGCGCUGUUGCAGCAGCAGUUGGCCUUUAAACGUGGUCUUAUGUUGGAGGCUGAGGGUCUGGAGAAAACACAGGGGAUCUCCAGACCCUGGGUCUACUCCUACUUUACUUUGUUACAGUUACUGGGUCUGAAGCCAAAUAAAUCGGACCAUAAGGACCCCUGACCUCUGACCUCACUUUAGUGUCUCUGAUCUUAAAAUGGUAUUCGAUAAAUCACAGAAAAACCAACUGAUUUGGAGGACAAAGUCAUCACAGCAAUACUCCUCAUCAGUUUGAUUUCGGUCCACUUCCUGUCUAUGGAAAUUUUCCUUUUAUUUGUAUAAGAGUCAAAUUUGUUCAUGCCUGAUAUUGAAAUUUUAUCCAUGGAACAUUGUGUGAGAUUUGCUAAUAAUGUGCAAUAAAUACACAUGUACAGUGGCUGUAAGCAAA